AAGUGCGAUUUCACAACAAGUUAGCUAAGUUGGCCUCUGUGUAUUUUCUGUUAGUGUUUAGUACGUGAAUUGACCAUGCGUAGUGCUAUGAUCAAAACAGCUUCCGUUUUUUUUACUCCAAACUCCAUUUCUGACAGUUAUAGGUGUCACGAUAAUCGCUAAUAGCGAAAAAUUCAAUGUGGAUUGAGCCAUUUUUAUUAUUGUUUCGUUGCAUUUUUUGCAACAAUUCGAUUUCUUUGUAUACAACAUUUUCGUAUCAGUUUUAUUAAGAAUUUUUCCUAUACCUGUGGAGUCUAGAUAGGAAAUAAUUAUUGACGUAUUGCAGAUUUGUAAUAUACAUAAGUUUUAAAACAAAUGUUUGAAUAACAAUAUGUGAUAUAUUUUAAUUUUUACACCAAAAAUACAAGUAGAUAAUUGUAUUCUUCAUUUAAAAAACUAUGCCAAAGUAACAAAGUUUCUAAUAUAUUCAAUAGAAUUGACGGGUGAAAUUCGAAUGAUUUUAAUUCUUUGUUGCAAUGAUUAUUGACGUAAAGCGGAAACAUACAUUACUUAUUGAUACCAAACGAAACAUAAAAACGUGGCAGUUUAUGGGUACAUCAUUUAUCAAACUGAGGCUCACCGAGCCUUCAUUUAUUGUCAUUCCUAAUUAGCAAUGUCUAAUGUACCUAUUACUAGUUUGGCGCCGCAUCUUGCAUCCAACAUAAAAAUUCCCCCAUCAGGCGCUUUUUCCACACCACUUACCUCAUUUGCUGAAAUGUGGUAUCAUAUAUUUUUAUGGGCACUAUUUUCUUCAAUUUUUGUACAUACUAUUGCUGCAUCCAUCUGUUUUGCUACUUUGCGUAAACACAAAUAUGGAAAAUUUUUUCCUUUGUUAAUAUUAAUAAUGGGGUUUCUGCUGCCAUUGACAUCAGGAGUUCUCAGCUCCGCAACAGUAGCAUUUGUUUAUCGAGCAUCGAGCUAUCAAAUGCCAGCAUUAUAUGCAUUAUUUUGGGGUACAGGACAAACAGUAUUGGCCGCGUGUGUAGGUUUUACACGAAUCCUGGCAACUCUGUAAUUAGACGGUAUUUAUAAUUACGUAAUGAUAAUAUUAUUAAUCAAUAAGUAUUGAAUUAAUCUUCACAACCAACAUCUAGUUUCUAUAAAAAGUAUGAGGUUAUUGCGCAGCAUUUUAUUCUAUUCAAUAAAAUAAAAAUCUAUUAUUUAAAAACUUCUUAAGAUAUUUUUUUAUGUUCCGUCAUGGAAUAUUUCAAAUUAUUAUUGCAACUCAAUCAUUAACAGCGAAUAGGGUAUCAAUGCUAUACCUUCAGCUCACUCAUGUCUUUCAUAUUAUGAUAUGAUUAUUACAGUGAAACUGUAAUAUUUAUUUUUUUUAUUCACUUAUAUUUAUUUUCUAUCUAUUUAUCAAUUUUUAUUAUUGCAUAUAAUUACAUUCCUACUGGAUAGCUGUACAUUUAUUAACAAAGCUUAAUAAUGAUUACGAAUUAUUUCUAGACUAAUUCUGCCAAUACUUGCACAAAAUCUUUUAAAAAUUGAAAUAUACAAUUUUGGUAAUAAAAACUGCAAAUAUUCUUAUGAACUUCUGAUAAAAAUGUUCUAUUAAGUAUGUAAAAUAAUUAUUAAUCCAUAAUAAUAAAAUGUUUGUGAUGCAAGGUUGAAGUUAAUUAAGAUAAAAUAAUUUUAUUGUAUUUAAUAACUCUAAAUGAAUACAGAUUACUUUGAUGUACAUAGAAUUAA